AUGUCGUAUAGCCGUCCGAUUCAAACAUCUACUAGUACGGCGCUUUAUACGACGCUUGCUGCCACCACGACCACCACGACCACCUCCACUACGACGGAACCUUCGACGACUUCCGCCGAAGCACGUCAGUUUGUAUCCUUCUCGACCGUGUCAACAGUCGUCCCGCAGCUGACUGCUGAGCAUACCUCACCACUUGCAUCCCUACUGAACGGUGACAUUCUGGAGCAGGAUCGUACCGUACGUCCGUCUACCGCACAGUAUGCAAACACCGCCGAAGAGGAACACGACGAGGAGCAGGAACUUGAGCACGAUCAGGAUGAGGACGAGCAGCAGCUGCACGGAGACGAGUUGGAAGAAGAAGACGAUGAGACGAACGUGGUUGGACGUAGCAGUAACAGUGCAAAUGCAGUCGCUGAAGAGGAAGAGGAGGACGAGCACGAACAGGAUGACCACGAGCAUGAUGAAGCAGAGGACGAAGACGAACAGGCGGCAGAGUUGCAUCACCAGCAGGCCCUUGCUGCCGGUCAGGACACGGACGCUGUUGUUUCUACCCUGCCCGAAGACAUACCCGUCGAGCAGAAGCUGAAGCAGAUCACGAAAGAGAUCGAGCAGCUGUCCGGUGGUGCGGGUGAUCGUGAGCUGCGUGUAGACAGCCGUCAGAGCUUCCUGUCGCUGUCGGAUUUGAUCAAGAAUAUUCGCCCAGCAGAAAAGGUAGUACCGCAGAUCGAUUCGUCCUACGCCAACACGAUGCGUGUCCUUGCCAAGAGGAUAUCUGUGCAAAAGUGUGACGAAUAUCGGCGAGUAAUCUCUUCAAAGCGUGGUGUAAUAUCGCUUACCUUGAACCCGAAACCGAUCUACUACCAGUCGUACAAUUGCUCCAAUGUGGUGGAACUGAUCGUUGGUGGGGAAGCUGCGAAGAAUGGUGAAUUUCCACACCAUGCUUUGCUAGGGUAUCCAAGUGAGGAUGAUGGACCAACUGGACCCUAUAGUUUCAGCUGUGGAGGAUCGCUGAUAUCGGAUCGCUUCAUACUGACCGCUGCGCACUGUUUCAGCUACGGUGAUCCGGAGAUCGUUCGGUUGGGCGAGUACGAUCUCAAAGUAGAUUCAACGUCACAGCUCGAUUUCGGCAUUGCCGAGAUCAUCCGACAUCCAAGUUAUCGAAACUCGCGCUCUUACCACGAUAUUGCCCUGAUACGAUUAAACGAAACGGUGCUGUUUUCGAAGAUAAUACGCCCUGCAUGUUUGUGGACGAAUCCUGCACUGAACUUGAGUCGAUUUGUGGCAACGGGUUUUGGCAAACUGGAGGAAGGCAGCAUCGAGUUAUCGACAAACAUGAUGAAGGUACAGCUGGAUCUGUUUCCAUCCAGCGACUGUGGUGAGCUGUUUCGCGAUAAUCGCAACUUUCGCGAAGGAAUCAAAGAAGGACAGCUGUGUGUGGGAAGUAUAAUUGGCGGUAAGGAUACGUGCCAGGGUGACUCCGGUGGACCACUGCAAACGAUAACGGAACCGAGAAGUUGUAUCUACAACAUCGUUGGUGUGACGUCUACCGGUGCUGCCUGUGGUGUUGGAAACUCCAAGGCAAUCUAUACGAAUGUGGCACACUAUCUGGACUGGAUCGAGCAAGUAGUUUGGGGACAGUGAUUCGGUUCAACAC